AUGUUGCUUCUACUAUUGGUCAGCAUAGCGCUUUCUAAAUAUCCUGUGAUCUACGAGAUAUCCACUAGACCAUGGUUAUACGAGUUGUCAAAAAAGACUGGGAAGACACUGACUAAGUUGAGAGAUAUCCCAUUGACUGAGUUUGACACGCUUAAGAACAAAGGCAUUGACUAUGUGUGGAUGAUGGGUGUUUGGCAAUUAGGAGACUACGGCCUCCAAAUCGACAAAAAGUCCGACUUCUCCUCUGUUCUCCCGGGAUACACCCAAGACGAUAUUAUUGGGUCACCAUACGCUAUCACGGAGUAUACCUGCAACACUGAGUUGGGCAGCGAUUCCGACAUUCAGUGGUUAAGACAACAACUCAACGCUAAAGGUAUCAAGUUAAUGCUCGACUUUGUACCAAACCAUUCAGCCUGUGAUGCUGCAGAAGUGACUUCAAAAUCAAAAUUAUAUAUCAGAGCGGGGACUUCAGGGUCAUACGAUUCCAAGUAUUACUUACCAAAUGGUGUAGCUCAUGGAAAAGACCCAUACUUCGACCCAUGGCCUGAUACAGCACAAUGGAACUACUUUGAACCAGAGACUAGAACAUUCAUGACUAACAACUUAUUGAAAGUUGCUUCACUUGCGGACGGUAUUCGAUGUGAUAUGGCACAUCUUGACUUGAACGAUGUCUUUAAGGGAACUUGGGCAAAGGAAUUGGCCGCGACUGGGUACUCUGUUCCAUCGACUGAAUUCUGGACCGACGCCAUUAAAACAGUCAAAGCGAAAUACCCCAACUUGAUAUUAAUGGCUGAGGUGUACGAAGACUGGGAAAUGACCAAAUUGAAAGCGUGUGGAUUUGACUAUUAUUAUGACAAAGCUUUCUUGGAUAAGUGCGAGAGUGGUGUAACUGAUGUGAAUAACUAUGUACACUACAAGGACUUGGAAUUUUUGAAUAAUGGAGCACACUUCGUUGAGAACCACGAUGAGAACAGAGCCGUUUAUAAUAUGGGAAGUGUCAAUAGAGCAGACGCAGCUGGUGCUAUGGCCGCUACCCUCCCUGGUUUGAUCUUCUUCAAUCACGGACAAUUCGACGGACUGAAGAACAAACUUGACGUCCACUUGAGAAGAAGUGCUGAUGAAACAAAGUCGACUGUUGCUCAGAAUUUCUACGCAAAACUGACUGAGAUCUUGAAGAACGACGCCUUUAAAACUAAGAGCUUCUACUUUGUGUAUAACGUGAAUGGAGACAACGCGUGGAGAUUUGCCUCGUGGAUCCGUGGAACCACAACCCAAUUUUUGGUUGUUGUGAAUUACUCUGAUGGGUAUGGAUGCGCUAAUGUACCAAUUUAUAAUAUCAACGGAUCUGGCGAUGUCAAAGUCCUUGAAAUGAUGUCUGGCACAGAAUACACAAGAACAGGGUCGACACUGAAGUCGACUGGACUUACUGUCUGUUUGAACGCAUGGGAAACACAGAUUUUCAAGUACAAUUACUAA